AUGAGUAACCCGUCAUCCACCAUUCUACACCCAUCCCAGCCUUCCGAUUCUUCCACCUCAUCCUUAUCCUAUGAAGAUUCCUUUCUACGACUGCUACGAGAAAUCACACGACUCCAAUGGGUCCGAGAAUCCUUCCCCUCUCAUUCAAAGUACUAUGACGGAUUACAGCUAAAGCAACAACGACUCCAAAAGAGGAUCAAAAAGUCUUUAGUUCAACCAAAAGACGCUGACACGUCCUUUUCGAUGGAGACCUUACAGCAUGAACUGCAGAAUAUCCAAGAGCAGAUAGUAGUAGCGGACGACAUGCUCCAAGACCUGCUGAUUAAUAAGCAUGAGCUGGACGCUGUAUGCGAUGAGUUACAUUCAUUGUAUGACGAGGUCGUACCUGCAAUUUCUGAUGAUCCUCUCUUUGCUGGUGAACAAAAUCUCAAACGUGAAGUGACACAGCUUGCACACAAUAUACCACAUUUUGAAAGCGACAUGCAAGGAUAUCAAACGGCCCAAAAAGAGUUACAUGCAUCUUUGGAUUGCCUCGACAAGGCCAUCAAGCUAUUACCAGGAGCAUCUAGAUUCCUCGACAGACAAGCCAUGGUGACGCGUGGUAUCGGCAGCAAUGAUACGUUUCAACAAUCCAUGGAUCUCGAAGUUUCAGCACCUACAGCAAAAGAUGCUGAUGAUCUUGUACAGCAAGCCCAAAGUCACGUGCUGAGAGCCUCCAAAUCAUGCAAGGAUGUAUCAGAAAUAAAGUCACUAGCAGCAAACAAAGAUAUGGAUGUGACAUCUGCACUGACAGCUUACAGCGCACUCAAGCACGAGAUUGAAACGCUUUUACGCACACGCAUCAACCCGAGAUUUAGUCAACUGCAAAUCCAGCUCUCAGUGUCACGAUGCCAUUAUGAACAAAAGACUAUUGAAUGGACACAGCAACAAAUCAACAUUCUAGAGACGGUGUUACGUGAGAAUGGGGCACUCAGGAACCGAAGCUUGGAGCAUGAGAUGGCGGUUUUACGUAUGGGAUCCAAUGCAGCCAUUAUGACAUUAUCAUCCGAAGCCAGUGGGCGUGUCACAGUCGAUGAUGUGCUCGAGGUGGAUACUUCAGAAGUGGAGACGGAUCGUAAUGGCCCAUUACCGGUAUAUUCACCUGAUGGCGGUUCUUCAUCUGCUGUUGUCGAUGCGGUUGCCGAGUCAUCAUCAUCAUCUGGAGGUCUUCACCACAAUGAUAGCAGUAAUCAUCGCAAUGUACAGCUGCCAGCUUAUUCAUCACACCAGGACGAUCCUUCACCACAGCACGCUUCAUCCGAUUACGAUGGUCAUGAUCAGCCUCCAGCUUAUAGUCUUUGA